AUGUUCCAGCAAAAAUGGUUUGCCGAUGGGAUUCGCUUAGCCCUCUUUCCUGACCACCAUGUGGAAAAGUACUUUGACCAGGUGGACAUCUCCAAUGGUUUGGACUGGUCCCUAGACCACAAAAUAUUAUAUUACAUUGACAGCCUAUCCUACUCUGUGGAUGCCUUUGAUUAUGACCUGCAGACAGGACAGAUAUCCAACCGCCGCAAUGUUUAUAAAUUGGAGAAAGAAGAGCAAAUCCUAGAUGGAAUGUGUAUUGACGUUGAGGGGAAGCUUUGGGUGGCCUGCUACAACGGAGGAAGAGUGAUUCGUUUAGAUCCUCAGACAGGGAAAAGACUCCAAACUGUGAAGUUGCCUGUUGAUAAGACAACUUCAUGCUGCUUCGGAGGAAGGGAUUAUUCUGAAAUGUAUGUGACCUCUGCUCGGGAUGGAAUGAAUCCUGAGAGUCUUUUGAAACAGCCUGAAGCGGGUGGGAUUUUCAAAAUAACUGGCCUGGGGGUCAAAGGAAUUUGCCCUUGUCGUUAUGCAGGAUAA